AUGGAGACACAAAUAAUAAAGAGCAAGCCACUUUCUAAAGAUGAAAACAAAGCUUUACUCGAACUCAUUGAAAUGAGCAAAAUUAUAAUGUCUAAAGCCACAAACGCCAGCAGCAAUAAAAUGAAAGACAAGGAGUGGGUACGAAUAGCCGAGCAGUUUAAUGCUACGGCAGCAAAUUGUCGUCGGACACCACUACAGCUUCGGCUGAAGUGGGAGAAUUUAAAGAAGAAUGCACGUAAACGUUGCAACAAAAUAAGAAUGAACACCAUAAAAACUGGCGGUGGUGUUGGUGAGUAUAUACCCCCAGACGAAAUCCUGGAUCGUGUUACCAGUUUAUUGGAGAAUACAGCCAGUGGAUUAGUUGUUCCUUAUGGGGGAGAUAAGGAACCUGACCACUUUGUAGUGAUUUGUGAUGGUGGUGGUAUUUUGCCAAAUGGUGAUGAUGUAGAAGAAUUAGGUGGUGAUGUUAGGGUCAAUCAAGAAAUCCUAGAGUUUCAGGACACACCAGUACCAGAUCCGCAAAUGGAAACGGUUGUGAUCCCUACUUCUCCACAUUAA